UCGUAGUCGGUAAAUAUUUAUGAAUGCGCUUUUACUGACUUUUAUUAAGACAUUUGUUUUAAUACCUUGAUACAGUUUAUAUGUAAUAACAGACACUUGUAACAUUAACUGAGUUUACAGACAUUGUCUUGUUAUACAAUUAUCUGGGAUUUAAACUUAGUAGCCAUGUUUAAUGUUCUUAUGGCGGAAGGAUUGAAAAUGAUCACGUCACGUGAUGGAAUAGCGACAGUGCACAUGACCAAUGGAGAGAAUCGUUUUCGAUUGUCGUUUGUUAAUGCAUGGAUGAAAAUACUGGAUGAAAUAGAAGAGAACAAUGAUAUAAAAGGAGUAAUAAUAACAGGUAAUGAGAAAUACUUCAGUCUGGGUCUCGAUGUCGCUUAUUUUAACACACAGACUGCAGAGUAUGUGGACCAAACGAGAAACAGCCUAGCAAAGUUCUACAGACGACUUACUCUGUUGCCGGUGCCAACUGUUGCCGCCAUUAAUGGUCACUGUUUUGGUGCUGGUGCGUUCCUUGCAUUAGCAUGUGACUACAGAGUGAUGCAAUCAGAUCGAGGCUGGCUGUGCUGGCCGGAAGUUGCACUUAACAUGCGCAUUCGUCCACAUAGUAUACAUUUAUUACGCCUUAAGUUUCCAGUAGGAAAAGCAAUACGAGAUGCGGUAAUACUGGGAAAACAGCUUACUGCACGAGAUUCACAUGAUCUGCAGUUAGUUGACAUAGUUUCACCGCAGGAGAGUUUAAACGAUGACGCUACAAAACUGCUUCAUGACGUUCUUGGCAAAAACGGUAUUGACAGACAAUCAUUGAAGCAGAUGAAAGCUGACAUUUACGAUUUCCCUGGCCAUCUUUAUGCCGACAAUACAGCAAAACUGUAGUUUAGGUUCAACAGUGCAAUUUUUUUGUCCUUCGUUUUUACACCGUCCAGCGGUGGACUUUGUGAGAAUAUGUGUUUAAUUAAUAGCAACGACCGACAUCUACUUGGAGCGUAGCAUACCUAUUUUCUUGCACACCGGACUGGCGUUUCCGGUGAUUUUACCCUUGCCGGUGUAAUGAAGUAUUUCGACCCCAAUAGAAUAACGACCCCCGGUCAUUGUUCUAUAGAAAAUGUGACUCCUUUCCUGUAAAAUAUUGACUCCCCUUAUAAAAAACUGACUCCCUUUGAAAACUCUAUAGAAUAACGACCCCCCGGUCAUUAUUCUAUAGAAAAACUGACCCCUCCAAGUAAAAUACUGACUCCCUAAAGAUGACUACCUUCGAAUAUCAAAGAAUAACGACCCGGUUAUUAUUCUAUAGAAAAAGUGACUCCUUCCAUGUAAAAUACUCACUGCCGAAAUUACUACAUUCGAACUCUCAUACAAUAUCGAUUCCCGGACAUUAUUCUAUUUAAAAAGGUUACUCUUUCCGUGUAAAACACCCGCUCCUAAAAAGACUUUCGACGAUAAUAUCUAUUAAAAAGUGAUCCCCACCAAACCUAACGGACAAUUUUACUAGCUCUACAACUCUAAUACCCUCCAUUGCGAAUAGUUAACAUUUUGAUUGUACUACUACUACUGGUGCCGCUACUUCUAUUGCUAUUACUACAUGUACUUCUUCUUCUACUACUACUACUACUACUACUUCUACUACUACUACUACAACUGCUACUACUGAUACUACUAUACCUGCUUCCACUAAUACGUCUUGUAUAUCUACCUCUCCUUCUCCUGCUGCUGUUGUUGCUGUCACUUAUUCCUCUGCUGCUGCUGCUGCUGCUGCUGCUGCUGCUGCUGCUGCUGCCACUGCCUCUGCCACUGCAACUACUACUACUACUACUACUACUACUACUUUCUAUUGUUGCCGCUACCGUACUUUACUGCCACUGCUAAGUAUUGCAACUUCUAUUAAUACUAAGUUCUAUGCUAGCAGUUUCUUGUGCAGUUUUCUUCUGAAGAAUUACUUUAUACCGAAGUUUGCAGAGAUUAUUGACACUGGUGUGUUUUGUGAACGUAUUGUGAAUUGUUAUUUUCCUGAAAAAAAAUAUCUGGGGCUAAUGGUCAAACGAAGGACUGACGGACGGACGGACAAGGGCAAAUCUAUAUGCUCCCCUCCCCCGAGUGGGGGCAUAAAAUGCAGCAAUUAGGCCUUAGAUACAUGAGUUAUCACUAAAUUUGACCAAAUGACCGGGUGUCGUUUUUUUUAUGGGAGUCAAUAUUCUUCGUGAGGUUCAGUUUACUUCACGUGGAGGAGUCAUAGUACUAUGCUCUGGAGGUCAUAAUACUAUGACCGGGGGGUCACUUUUUCUAUAGAAUAAUGACCGGGGGGUCAUUAUUCUAUGGGGGUCGAAAUACUUAAUUACACCGGCAAAACCCAUCUGGCACCCCCAUGCCAGAUGACUCUCGCGCUGUUAAUGACAACUAGUGGUUCAUGCAUUGAUACUAUAUUGAUUACGUAAAAAUACGAAAAAAGCAGGUACCUUGAUAGUUUCUCUCCGUUCCUUAUAGUAUAGUAUAAUAUAUUUCUCGAUUCAAAAUACGUUAGUUUACCGUAAGAACAUAACGUUACGCUACAAACGAUAAAACUAAAGUGGAACUUUGUUAUUGUGCGUAACGCAAAACAUCAUGACGUCACUUCUGUUUACGGACGUUAAUUUCCCGCGCUCUACUAUAAGAAAGAGUGCUACAAAGAAAGUAUUUCUACCUGUUAUUUGUAAAAUACGGUAUGCAAGAAAAAUAAUCUGCCAGAAUAAAAUGAUAACAUGUAUACGAUAUGCAAGAAAAAAUGUCAGUCAUGUGUUUACGAAAAUCGGAUGGAAAUAUCCUUCCCUCGGCCACCUGAGCAUGGGCGGUAAUUCGGCAAGCCUCAUUACCGCCCAAUGCGCAGGUGCCCUCGGGACGGAUAUCUCUAUCCGAUUCGUAAACACAUGACAGAUAUUAUUAAUCUACAAUGUUAUCACACAAUUGUGUUUAGAAAUAACUAUAUUUAGUCAAUAUUGUUUUUAGGUUAUCACAUGGCUUUUUGUGGCAUUUUUUUUGUGAUACAUAAGCAUUUCAUUCUUUUUAUUAUGCUCUGUAAAGUAAGUGUAUGUACACGGCAGAUAUAACCUAUGGUUUGUACCUACCAAAGGAUUUUGCGUUGCUGAUAAUGCAGAUUUGCGACUGAAUUGUUACUCCAGCAAUAUAAAUAAGCGUCUUUAUUUUAUGGAUACAAAAGGAAAAAUUGACACAGAUUUCAAACGUAAUUAGAUGACUGACUGCUAACAAAGGUGUCGUCUGUAAAAGAUAUCCAAUGGGCAUCUUUUACUGGAAUAUUUUAUUUCAAAUGUAUAAAAUCCUCAUCUAUUGUAUUUAUCUGUACUAAAUACAUAUAUGCUACGUUCAUAUUCAAAUGGCAUGCAAUAACAGUUGAUCAAAAAAUAUCCAGUUUUAUAAUGGCAAUACACAUUCAUACUGUAUUUAUUUAAACAUGUAUAUACUGUGUACUAUUUUAAACCCACAGUUCGUUUUCGUAAACGUCAUGUUUGUAAACAUUAAAGAUUGCGUUUUGUAACCUUAACUCAGGGUUCCAUAAUUUAAUGUGUCCUGUAUAAGAAAAACGUGAGUUCAAGCUAAAACAAAACAAAGUAGAAAGGUCAUUUUGCAAGUAGAGAAAAUUUGGUUUGAAAACGUGUAAACAUGUAUUACCUAGUAAAUGAACUUGUUGAUUUAUGUUUACAUAUUAACUAUAUGGUUGACCAUGUUUUUGAAUUACCCUAUCCUGUAUUAACGAAAUAUUCGUUCCUAGUCUUGAGUUUAUUGUCAA